AGUUCCGGCGCCCUCUGAGGGCGGGGUUGCGGGAAGGAGGUAGAAAUUUAGCUAUUAGUGAGUGUGGCAGGGUCAUGAAAAAGCGGCGGCGGCGGGAGAGCGGCGGAAGAGGCGGCGGGGGUGUGAAACUGCGGUAGCUGCCGGCUGGGCUGGUGGUGUGCUUGUGGGGAAGGCGUAGUUCCUAACCCCCUUUCCGGGCAGCAGCCGGGGCUCGGGGCUGAGAGCGGCCGUGGGGCCGCCUCCCCGGGCCCCCUGGCUCCGCCAUGUUCCGCAGGGCACGCCUUAGCGUGAAGCCGAAUGUCAGGCCUGGUGCAGGCGCCAGGGGCUCCACCGCCCCCACCGCCCCCAGUCUCCAGCGUGGACAGGAGUCUCCCAGGCCUCCGGAGCCUGCGGCUGACUCUGCUUCGAAGCUAGCAGAGCCUAUAGAUGUACCCGUGGUGGAUGUCGGGCGAGCGGAGCCCCAAGAAAAGGCUCCUAGGAGCAGUGAUGGAAAGGCUGGUGAUGAGAAAGAUGUUGAAGAAUCCAGUAAAUGUUCCUUUACUGUUUCCCAGAGAAGAAAGCGACUAUCAAGUACUUCUAGUCUGGCUAAACCUAGUGUUAGUGUUACUACAGAAUCUCAUCCCUCAUCCACAGUUAACCAAGAAACUCCGCAGCCAAACCCCAUUCCAACAAGAGAGAAACAGCCCUGCUCAGAUAGAUACCGAAUAUAUAAAGCCCAGAAACUGAGGGAAAUGUUAAAGGAAGAAUUGAGAAAAGAGAAGAAACAAUGGAAAAACAAAUAUGCUAUAAAUGAAAGUCAGAGGCCACCAGAUCGUUCAAAAAUGACUAUGAGAGACUUCAUAUAUUAUCUGCCAGAUAACAAUCCAAUGAGUUCUUCACUGGAACAAGAAAAGAAAACAGAAAAAUUAUUGACUGCAGUCCAGACAAGAGAGCAAGAAGGUAAGAGUACUCCUGAUGCUGAAGAUAAUGAAGCAUUGGAAGAAGAGACAGAUGAUGGGCCAUUGCUGGUUCCUCGAGUAAAAGUGGCAGAAGAUGGUUCCAUUAUUUUGGAUGAAGAAAGUUUAACCGUAGAAGUUUUAAGGACAAAAGGCCCCUGUGUUGUUGAAGAAAAUGACCCCAUAUUUGAGCGUGGUUCUACAACUACAUAUUCCAGCUUUAGGAAAAACUAUUACUCUAAACCAUGGUCAAAUAAAGAAACAGAUAUGUUUUUUUUAGCCAUCAGCAUGGUUGGAACUGACUUUUCCAUGAUUGGACAGCUUUUUCCUCACAGAGCAAGGAUAGAAAUUAAGAAUAAAUUUAAACGUGAAGAGAAAACAAAUGGAUGGAGAAUAGACAAAGCAUUCCAAGAAAAGCGUCCUUUUGACUUCGAUUUUUUUGCUCAUUUGCUUCAGAAAGUUCUUGCUGAAGAAGAGAAAAGAAAACAAAAGUCUGUUAAAAAUCGCAGUUUAAAGGAGAAGAAAGCCUCCAAACCACGGAAAAAUGUAAAAGUGAAAAAAGUUGCCUGUGAAGAAGUGAAUAAUGAUCCAGAUGCAUCUGUGAGUACUAAAAUUUCAGACACAGAAAGAUCUCCAAAGGAUGUUCAGACAGUUGAAGAAGAAAAUUCUUUGACUUUAUCAGGGCAAGAUUCGGUACAGGUUGAUUUAGAACAAGAUCUAAAUCAAAAGGAAAGGAGAAGGAAGAAUCAAGACGCAGCUAAUGAACCAGAAGUAAACAGUCUUGUAGGGAAUGCCACUGUUCAGUCAAGCCCUUCUAAAGGAGAAAAACAUAAGAAUAAAUGUCAGUCUUUAAGGCCUGAGGUAAAUGAAGAUGAAUGCAAUAAGGAACAGCUUUCAUGUGUAGAAAACAUAGAUGACAUCGUGGGUUUAGCCUCCAGUGAAAAAGUUGAGAAAAUAACUGACCCCAUCCUUUCAUCAAGUAGUCAACAAGAUGGCACGUUAGUAGCCACUGAGUCUUCAGAAUCAGGCACUUCAGAUUUGCUUUCAUUAGAAGUUGGAAUUAGAACAUUGUGUGAAGUAAAUAAUGCUGACAGUAGUUGUACAGAAGAAAGAAAUGUUGACCUAAAGAAUAAAUCACUGGAAACUGAUCAAAUGGAAAAUGUUAAGCCAGUGUUGAGAGGUCGACUCCAGAGACCUAAACCAAAUUUAUCAAGGGCAGUUGGGAAGAAAUCAGUUCUUUCACAAGGCAAAACAGAUGCAGAGAGCAAGAAUUCACAUUCUGAAACUUCAGUUGAUAAGAAUCCCAUGGAAAAGGAUAAAAUGAAUACACUUGACAUUUCUGGAAUGGAGAAUACAGAGAGAGAGAACCCAGAAGCUAAGACUGUAUCUAAUCUGAGUGAAAAAAAACGUCUACAGGAAGAUGAUCAAGCAAAGGCUCUCAGAUCUGCGCGAGUAAUGCGGGGCCGAUUGCAAAGGCCAAAGCCAAAUGUAGGUAAAGCUGCUGAAAGAAAAGAAAUUUUUUCAUCACUGGAAAAAAUUGGGGCCAACGUAGAAAAGAAUGAAAAUGAAUCCUGUGUUGAUAGAGAUACUCCCCAACAAGUGGAAGAUCAGUCGUGUAAAAAUUUUGAAUGUGAAGACAUCACAACACAACCUGCGAAAAAAGAUUCUUUUCAAGAUGUGCAGCCAGAUGAGCCCAAGGAUCUUAACGAAUGUCUAAGCAUUCAAGAGGAUAAGAAAGCACCCAUACUCAAACAAGUCCCAAUUCUAAGGCCUCGAUUUCAGAAACCAAAGCCAAACAUAGGAAGAGGAACUAGAAGAAGAGAAAUUUCCUCAAAGGAGGAGGUACCAGAGGAGAUUCUUGUCUCUGGAGAAAUGACAGCAGCUUUGAGAGAAACUGUAAGACUACAUACCUCACCAAGGGAAAUGGGACUAGUGGAGAUUAAUAUUGCUAAGGAAAUGGAGUCAGAUUUAAAGGAAACUGGAAGAAGAGAUGUUUCUUCCAGGGAGAAGUUACCAGAAGUGAUUGAUGUCAUCAUGGAAAUGGAGACAGGUUUGAAAGUAACUGGAAGAGAGAUUUCCGCAAGGGAGAAGAUACCGGACGUGAUUCAUGCCACUGAGGAAAUAGACACAGAUUUGGAAGAAACUGGAAGAAGACAAAUAUUCCCACAAGAAAAUGGCCCCAAGGAGGCCAAACCUGUAUGUGAAAUGGAGACAGGUUUGAAAGAAACUGGAAGAGAGAUUUCCCCAAGGGAGAAGAUACCAGAGAUGAUUGAUGUCAUUGAAGAAAGAGAGGCAGAUUUGGAAGAAACUGAAAGAAGAGAAAUAACUGCAUGGGUAAAGGCCCCAGAGGAGGUCAAAACUGUAGGUGAAAUGGAAGCAGAUUUGAAAGAAAUUGGAGGAGAAAUUUCCCAAAGGGAAAAGGUAAUAGUGGAGGUCAGUGCCAUAGGGGAAAGGGAGAUUGAUUUGAAGGAGACUGGAAAAAGAGACGUUUCUAUGAUGGAGAUGCCAUCAGGAAGGAUGACUGCCAUUGAAGAAAUGGAGGCAGAUUUGGAAGAAACUGGAAGAGAAAUUUCCUUGAGGGAGAAGGGAUCUGAAGAGAUCUGUGUUAAUAAGGAAGUGGUGGCAGAUUUGAAAAAAACUAGAAAAAUAGACAUUUCUCCAAGAGAAGAUCAACGAGAAGAAACUGGUAUCUCAAGACAAACUGAGACAAAUUUAAUGCAGAACAAGAGUGGUGACUGCAGUCCUACACCUUCACUAGAUAUAAAAAAUAUUAGCAGUGAAGUACUAUCAGUGGUGCAUACAUCUGUAGAAGACAAAAGAAAUUCUGAAAAGGAAGUACCAAGUCACUUCAAGACCUCUUCGGAGACUUCUGAAUUUGGUAAAACAGAAGACCUGGGGAUGCUACUUCCAGAUGUUCGAGAGCAGUUUUCAGAUGUUGAUUUAAGCAAAUCUCUUCCUCAAGAACAGAAGCCACUUGAAGUUAAACCAGCACCUUUUAUGAGAAGUCGAUUCAAAAGACCAAGACCAAACUUAGCAAGAGCAGCUUUAAAGAAAGAGACUACCGAAGCAGAAAAAUAUGUAUCUGGGAAGAAUUCUGAAACUGAUAUAAUGGAGACUAUAGUGAUACAACAGAACAGUGAACAAGCUGAUACUCUCCCUUCUCAACAUGAUGAGCCUUCCCUAAUGACAUCAAGAGAAAAAGACAAACCAGGUCACAAGGAGGAGGAGGAGGUUGUGAUUUUAUCAUGUACCCAGACAGAAAAGGACCUUCCACCUUCAAAUCCUUGUGAACCUAAAGAGGAGUCUGAGUCAACACAAGCCAAGGAAAAUGAUUCAGUUGUUUCUAUGGGGAUUCAUAAUAUAAGCACUUUCCAACAAGACAUGAAGGAAAGUAUUAUCCAAAGUGCUCAACCAAUGAGGGGCCGACUUCAGAGACCCAGACCAAACAUAAGAAAGGCUGGACAGAGGCAAAUGGUAGGAAAAGGUGAAACGAAAGGUGUAAUUAAGGAAGAAAGAACAAUAGUACAGAAAGAUGAAAUUAAAAACAAAGUCCUGACUAUGCCAAAUUCUCAAAUUGGAACUGAAGUUGAAGUUAUCUCUUCCAAAGUUUCAAAGUGUGGAAUGUAUGAAAAUCAAAGUCAUGUGGUUCUUGUAGAAAACCUUCAUGAUAACAAAACAAAUGUUUUAGAUGAAAAGAUGAGACAUGAAAAUAAACCAUAUGUUCCCAGUCCAGCACAAAUGAUAAGAAGGAAAUUCCAGAAGGCUGAGCCAAAUUUGGGAAGAGCACACGGUAAGAAAGAGGAUCCAGAUAUAGAGAAAGGCACAGCAGAUCAGAGUGCAGCAAGCAAGCUAGAAGAUAAUUUAUUGCAGCAAGGAGAUUCUGACACCCAGUUCCUUCUAAAAGAAAAGGCUGAAUUUCUGACAUCUCUGGAAGUUUCAGCAAGAAAAGAUUAUAUAGGUUCCAAAGAGUCUGAUUUGGCCCAGAAACAUGCUGAAUUAGAAGUUGGACCGUCUGGAAGCGUUGGAGAAGAAGUUGUAGGAGAGAAUUCUAUAUCUUCAGUCGUUGAAGAGCAGUAUCUCAGUAAAAUAACAAGGUGUCCACAACUGUUAAAAGAAUCAAAUUCCUCCAAAAUUGCUCCUGAUCGAAGAACUAUCUCUUCUGCAUCUGAGUGUGAGAUAGAUCAUAGUGAAAGGAGAAUGCAUAGAAAGAUUAAACCGAAUGUCACCAAAGGGCGUGGAUCAAAACGAAUUCGGGGUAAGACCUCUAAGAAGGAACCUAGGGCUUCCAAGGCCAUGCUGGUGACUCUUCGGGCUUCCCAGGAAGAAGACGAUGAUGCUGAGGAUUUUGAGUCUGACUAUGAAGAAGAAAGCUAUCAUCUUGCUCCAGAAGAAGUAAACAAAGCUCCAGUGUUUGUACCUGUUGGUCUCAGAUCUCCUGAACCUGUUUCUGCUCAGAUUGAGGAAACAAUGGAAGAGCUUGAAAUAACUGUAAAUGUCCCAGAUAUAGGAUGCAUAGCUGUUGUUCAGCAUCAGCUCUCAAACACAGAUGUGACUACUCAGGAAAUGAAACAAGAAGAAAAUUUGAAUGCGUCGUCAUUUGAAAUGACCACAGGUGAACAUAUUCAAGAGGAACCAGGUACGAAUGAUGGAAGCACUGAAGCUGCCAUAACUUUACUUACUAUGGGAGAUCUAGUAUUGCAGUCAGAGAUCACUCCUGAACAGGGUGAUGUAGGAGUAUGUGUACUUCCUCAGGUUCAUUCAAAGGAUAAAAGCCAUAUUCCUUUCAGCCCACAUGAUGUAAAUCACGAAAUUGUUCAUGAAUGUCAGGAGCUUUCUUCACCUGUUGUUAGUAUGUUUCCUGCAUCAUUUGAAGAAAACAAGAUUGUACUGGAGGAACAAAGUACUAGAGAAGAAAGUGGUUUAAUGGAGAGAGUAAAGGAGAAUGCUACAUCAACCAGGAGUAAAGCUUCUAAGGUAACCAACAAUUUGAGAAUGAGGAGUAGAUUUGCCAAGCCCAAACCAAAUCUUCAGAAGAUUUUAGGGACCAACAGGUUUGAUGCUCAUCAGGAAGUUCCUAGUUUGUGUGCAACCAAAGGGGAAGAAGUGGACUCUCAAAGAGAAACUGAGAAAAAUGCUUCCAAAGCAACAGAAUUGGAAGAUAAAAGCCUUGGACCAGUUACAGCAGCAGAGAGUAAGGAGCAGAGCAAAUUGGCAUGUAUACAUGGUAUCAAAGGGACCAGUAUUUCUCAAGAAGUAAACCUAACAGAAAGAAGUGAAGAUCCAGAAGAAGGAUCUGAAGAGGUUCAGAUAUUGUCAGUUGCUCCAGUUGUUUCCUCUGAGACAGGGCCCCACACACUUGGUUUGGAUGUGGUUCUUGCUGAGAGUUCUGUUGAGGAGCCCCUGAGAAAGGACUCUGAAGGAGACAGUGUAUUAGAGUGUACACCAACUAGUAUUCUAGAAGUCCAAGAAGAGAAUGUAAUCAAUCCUCAAGACCUAACAGUUGCUAAUGUACACCAAGAAGGAGAGGAUGAACAAGCAUUCAUUUUAACUCUGGUGGAAAUCCCAACCAAUGCAGUAGAAGACUUUACAGAUGCCGCUGCACAGUUAAUGCCAAACCCUUUACUGCCAGCACCCAUAUUGGUCAAAUCAGUGAAUACGGAAGAAAGGGGUGACAUGAGUAUUUGUUUACCAAUAACUUCAGUUGGUCAAGAUGCCAUUUGUUUAUCUAAUUCUGGAAAAGAUGGUUCUGAAAAGCCUCCUGCUAAUUUGGGUCUUACAUCCAAGAAGAGAUUUCAUUGCAGUCUUGAAAGUGAUGAUGUUCCUCCUGCCAAAAAAACUUUGCUCACUUCAAAAGAUGAUUGUCAAGAAUAUACCUCUGAGGUGUGUUCAAAGGAAUUAAUAAAUGUAUUUGAGGAAACAGGAGAGUCUUACAAGGGACAAAGCUUUUUUUCUACCUCAGGAAGCACACAUACAACUCCAGAACCUCAAAAAGAACAAGUUGAACCAACUUUUCAGAGUAUAGGAUCAAGAUCUCUUGAUAAAAUAAUAGAUACACAUGCAGAAAAGAAUAUGCCUCAUUUACCUCAGGAUGAGAUGAUUGUGUCUAAUAAAGAGGAAAGAACUGAUCCUGCGUCUACAUCUGAACAAAUGGAAAUCAGAAUAUCAUCUUCAAAAACCCCACUAUCCAGACCUGGCAGAAGACCCUUGGGAUUUUUGUCUUUAAUUUGUUCAAAGAAUAGUUUGGAGUCUGAUGAACCUACUCAGGUCCAUAAUAAGAAGCGCCUAAAACCUCUUAUACCUGUGUCAAGACAGAAUUUGAAAAGAUCCAAUCCAUUCAGUGAAAGCCAGAAAAAAAAUCAAGAGUCCUCUGAUCUGCUUCCAUCUCCAAGUGUUGUUGUUAAUAAUCAUUCUGAGAAUAUUGGCUGUUCAACAACGCAGCCUUCACUGAAAGAAGGAUGUAAAAGUGGCCAAAACCGGGCACCUGAAGAAGAGCCAACCACAGUCUCUGAAUAUUUCUUCGGUGAUAUCUUCAUUGAAGUGGAUGAAACAGAAUAAAACAGUCUCUUACUUUUUCUUUUCUUUUUUUGAAGCCUGGGAUUUCCAGAGUCAAUUACAUCAACAAAGCAGUAUUUAGAGAAAAGCAUCACUGUCUGUUGUUGUUGUUUUUUUUUUCCCCGGGUUGAUUUUGAGUAUAUAAUGAGCUUGAUUUGAAGCUUUUAUAAUCAGUGGAAAACAUUUCUAAGGUUCCUUUCAUUCUGAUGAUUCAGCAUUUUGGAAACACCAAGCAAUUAAGACUGCUUUCUCAGAAAUAGCAACUCUUGUUUACAUUUUGACUCUUCCUGUGCUGAGCACACAUGGACAUUUUGGAAUGUUGUGGAUAAAUUUCUCUGUAUCAAUCAUAGUGCCGAUGUAUUUGGAGGUUGAUUGUAUUGUAUUUAACAUUUAGGAAUUUCCUUUGUGAAGGUGUUUUGUUUUGUUUUGUUUUUUGGGGAGGGGGAUGAUAAAGACCUUUUCUUUCCUUUUUUCUUUUCUUUUCUUUUUUUUUUCUUUCUUUUACAGCUAAAGAGGCCAAGAGAUGAAGACCUUUUCAGUUGCCUCUAAGUACAGUCAUGUGCCACAUAAUGUUUCAGUCAACGACAGACCACAUAGAUGAAGGUGGUCCCAUAAGAUUAUAAUGGAGCUGAAAAAUACCUAUUGCCCAGUGACAUUGAAGCCAUUGUAACACAACAAAUUUGCCUUUUCUGUGUUUAGAUACAUACAUAUUUACUGUGUUACAGUUGCCUGCAGUUCAAUACAGUAACAUGCUGAACAGGUUUGUAGCUUAGGAGGUAUAGGCUAUGUCAUAUAGCCUAUGUAUGCAGUAGGCUGUACCAUCUAGGUUUAUGUAAGUACGCUCUGUGAUGUUCAUACAACAGUAAAAUGGCCUAACAACUCAUUUCACAGAACAUAUCGUUAAAUGACACACGACUGUAUAUGAAAACAAAUUGUCAAACUCUAGUAUGGUAAAUGUAAAAAAAUUUUUUAUCAGCUGAUUGGCUGACUGGAUAAUAUUUAUUUUUCUAAUUCAUGGUGAUGUUACAUUAGCCCUAAUUGAAGAACUAGUAUUUAACCUUAUUAUUUAUAAAGAUGAGACAUCAAAGAGCUUAUUUAUAUUUAAAAUUUUUAUUUAAAAGGAUAUUCAGUUUUAGUUAUUUUCAUCCCUCAGAUUGUGGGUAAAGAAGGCAUUACCAAAUUUAUGUUUGUCUCCUUUCCCUCUUCAAUUUUAAAGAUAUUUAAAAUGAUAUAACUAAAAAUGCUUGGAUAGUAUAUGUUUUGAAAACAUUUUUUUUCUCAUCAUUUUUAGUAUAUUGACUUUGUACUGUGAAUUUUUUUGUUUUUCUUAUUUCUUGGAUAAUCUCAGGAUUUUCAUGGGGGGAAUACUCUUAACUUCAUUUAUGAGGCAAAUUUCCAUACAAAACUCAGUCUUCUUUCUGUAUAUGCACACACAUUCCUUUUUAAAAAACUCAUUUCUUGAUAAUUUUUUUUCCCAUUAAAUUCUGCUUAAGGAACACUUAGUCCUUUAAGCACAGAGCAUGAUUGUGAUGUUCAAAACAAAAAAUAAGAUUUUAUAAAGUCAGUGAUUAUUAACAACAUGAAUUUUAAGUUUUGUUUUUAAUUUCAAGAUUUGAUGAUUUGCAUAUAUAAUUCUGCUACCUACCCAAGCAAAAUCUUUUAUAGUUCAAAUUAAACUUCUCAAAGAGCAUAUUUAUUCUGAUUUUAUUUGAAAAGCCUCCUGUGUUGAUAAUAUGUUAGUUCAGAGGUUGGUAACUUUCUGCAAGUUUGAGUUUGCAGGCCAGAGAGUCUCUGUGGCAGCUACUCAGCUCUGCCAUUUUCGUGUGAAAACAGCCACAGUCAGUACUUGAACAAAGCACCGUGGCUGGAUUGGUCCCUACUUUAGACAGCAAUUUUCUUAACUUAAGGUGCUGAUGUCUGUAUGUAUGAGUUAUUUGUCAUUGAAGUUAUGAGUUGUGCCUAAAAGUUAAAACUGUGUUUAUGGCAUUAUGUAAUGAUCAGUAUUUCGGAUUGAGAAAAUAUUUUAAAGACUAGAUAAUUGUGUUUGUAUAUUGAAAAUGGUGGCAAGUUUUUUUUUUUUUUUUGAGACAGAGUCUCACUUUGUUGCCCAGGCUAGAGUG